AUGUCCACCUCUACCCUGGACCUAACAGCCCCAAACGGCACCAAGAUUAGUCUCCCCACGGGUCUUUUCAUCAACAACGAAUUUGUGAAAGGCAACGGUGAAUCUAAGAUCACGGCCAUCAACCCAAGUGACGAGUCUGAAAUUGCCUCAGUCGAAGCAGCAUCUGCUGACGAUGUCGAUAAAGCCGUAAAAGCCGCCCGCGCGGCACUUAAUGGUCCCGGAUGGGGGGACAUCUCCAACACCGACCGCGGCAGGCUGAUGUUCAAACUUGCUGACCUCGUCGAGGCACACGAAGCGGCCUUGGCGACUCUCGAGACUUGGAAUGGCGGCAAACCCUACAAUGUUGCCCUUGGCGAGGACGUCGCUGAGACCAUCGCCACGCUGCGUUACUACGCUGGCUGGGCUGAUAAGAUCCACGGCGAGACUAUUCCGACUACUCCUAAAAAGUUUGCCUAUACUUUGAAGCAGCCAAUUGGAGUUUGCGCUCAAAUCAUUCCCUGGAACUACCCGAUUAUGAUGGCGGCUUGGAAACUUGGUCCGGCGUUGGCAUGCGGCAAUACUGUGGUUCUCAAGCCCGCUGAGCAAACGCCUCUAUCAAUCCUGUACUUCGCAAAUCUGGUGAAGGAAGCCGGAUUUCCCCCUGGUGUUGUCAACAUCGUGAAUGGCCUCGGAAGGGAGGCUGGCAACGCUUUGGUUAUCCACCCUGAUGUUGAUAAGGUUGCCUUCACUGGCUCUACGGCAACUGGGCGUCAGAUCAUGAAGGCGGCUAGUGUCAACAUGAAGAACAUCACCCUCGAGACGGGCGGAAAGUCACCUCUUUUGGUAUUCAAGGACGCUGAUCUCGAUCAAGCCGCAAAGUGGGGACACGUUGGCAUCAUGAGCAAUCAGGGCCAGAUUUGCACAUCCACUUCCAGAAUUCUGGUUCAAGAAGAAGUCUACCAGGACUACGUUGCCCGCUUCAAGAAGAUCUGCCUCGAAAACAAGGUCGGCAACCCCUUCGAUGAUGACACAUUCCAGGGCCCUCAGAUCACCAAGGCUCAGUAUGAUAAAGUACUCGGCUACAUCCAAGCCGGCAAGGAUGAAGGUGCUAGUCUGGUCACUGGCGGUGUUCCGUACAAGAACGUCGGUGAUGGCAAGGGUUUCUUCAUUGAACCUACUGUCUUCUCUGAUGUAAAGAAGGAUAUGAGAAUUUUCCAAGAAGAAGUUUUCGGACCAUUCGUCGCCAUUACCCCCUUCAAGACGGAAGAAGAGGCUGUCUCGCUGGCGAACAAUACUUCUUACGGACUUGGUGCAGCGCUAUUCUCCAGGGAUAUCGAACGAUGCCACCGCGUCGCCGCCCGCCUCGAGUCGGGUAUGGUUUGGAUUAACAGCUCCAACGACUCUGAUAUUCGUGUUCCGUUCGGUGGUGUUAAACAGAGUGGUAUUGGCCGCGAACUGGGAGAGGCCGGCCUUGCCGCCUACUCACAGACCAAGGCGGUGCAUGUAAACAUGGGUCUUGUACUAUAA